AAUUGUGCACUUGUUGUGUGCUAUUAAAAAUAAGUUAAAGUAAUAUAUAAAACAAACAAAAAGUAAUACAUCUCUAAAACAAAUAAUAAAAACUGACCAUUUUACGCCAUAUAUACAUUACAAAAAAGUGAUUACAAAGAUUUCAUGGUUUAAAAUAACUUUAAAAGGGUAACGAAGCAAGCGUAUGUGUAGGUAAUAGAUUUGGGCAGUCAACCGGCUAAAAAUAGAGUGCAGACCGGCCGCACAGUGCCAGUGUUUGAGAGACCAUCGAGGAGAUUGUUCCCUAUUCCGCUCCAACUUCAAAAGUUAUUUAAUCAUUUCGUUUAAAAAAAAUGCUGGUCGUGUCCAAGAGUCUUUUGAUUACAUUGUCGCUCUUGCUUCUUCGAACGAUGCGAUUCGGAUUGGUGGCUGGUCAUAAAGUGACGGCCACGUUGAUUAUGAAUCACAAUUACCCGGUCGAAGAGCACACGGUGCACACUACUGAUGGUUAUAUACUUACAAUUUACCGCAUUCCAACUUCGUUUAAAAGUCAAGAAUUAAACGACACGAUCCCGAAGAAAGGUUUUUUGCAGCAUGGCAUUUUGUGCGCUUCUGACGACUGGAUCAUUAAUGGACCAGAAACAUCACUGGCUUAUAUGUUUGCCGAUGCUGGUUUUGACGUUUGGCUUGGGAACGCACGGGGUAAUACAUACUCUCGUCAGCAUAAAAACAUCCACCCGGAUACAUCUGACUUUUGGCGUUUUAGCUGGCAUGAGAUUGGAGUCUACGAUCUGGCAGCUAUGCUCGAUUAUGCGCUUGUGGAAAGCAAAUCGAACUCGCUUCAUUUUGUAGCACAUUCGCAGGGAACAACUACAUUCUUUGUGUUGAUGUCUUCGCUACCCUGGUACAACGAGAAGGUGCGAUCUGUUCACCUUCUUGCGCCCAUUGCGUAUAUGCGAAAUCAUUCGUUCAUUCUGUCCAAGUUGGGGGGUAUUUUCUUAGGAUCACCAUCAUUCCUCAGUUGGGUGCUUGGUAGCAUGGAGCUGUUGCCCAUUACAAGUGUACAAAAGUUAAUGUGCGAGUACGUUUGCUCCGAGGGUUCCAUUUUUCAAUUUCUGUGCUCUGGCUUACUAGACUUUAUUGGAGGUUGGGGAACUCGACACUUAAACCAGACUUUGCUUACGGACGUGUGCGCCACCCAUCCAGCGGGAGCAUCUACCAGCCAGAUUAUUCACUAUUUACAACUUUACUCCUCAGGUGACUUUCGGCAAUAUGAUCAUGGUCGAGAGCAGAAUGAAAUUAUAUAUAAACAGGCCAUACCACCUUCAUAUAACGUUCAAAAUAUUAAGAGUUGCGUUGAAAUGUAUUACAGUGAAAAUGACUAUAUGUCAGCCGUGGAUGAUGUAGAAUACUUGGCUUCCUUAAUGCCUUGUGUUGAACUAUACCGAAUACCAUACUCUGACUGGAAUCACUAUGACUUUCUCUGGUCCACUAAUGUUAAAGAAGUGAUUAAUAAUAGGAUAAUAGACAAAAUUCGUAUAUAUGACAGAGAACAUGAAACUUCAUUGAGGUUGUAGCGUAUGAAAUUAAAUUUUAGUAAAAUUAGUUCUGUAUAAAAUUCAUUGUUAAUAAUCAAUUCAUUAAUUCAUUAAGUUAAUAAGCCUGUAAGUGAUAUUAUAUUUUAAUUUUACUCCGUAAUAUACCGUAAUUUGUUUUAUGAUAAAUAAGUUGGCAAUAAUUGCUCUUUUUAAGAAUAACAUGUGUGAUAAUGAAUUAAACCUCUAAAAAGAUCUAAAAUAUACUAUAACUUCAUUUUUCUAUUUGUUGGGAUAACCA